CCCCGGAGAUCGGGCACGAUGAGCGCCGCCGCCCCGCCCCCACGGGAUGGCAGCGAGCGGCCCUGUAGGAAGCGUGACGACUAUUUGGAGUGGCCCGAGUAUUUCAUGGCCGUCGCCUUCUUAUCGGCCCAGAGGAGCAAGGACCCAAACUCCCAGGUGGGCGCCUGCAUCGUGAACGCGGAAAACAAGAUCGUCGGGAUCGGCUACAACGGGAUGCCCAACGGCUGCAGCGACGACCUGCUGCCCUGGAGGAGGGUCGCGGACAGCCCGCUGGACACCAAAUACCCCUACGUGUGCCACGCCGAGCUGAACGCCAUCAUGAACAAGAACUCCACCGACGUGAAAGGCUGCUCCAUGUACGUCGCCCUGUUCCCGUGCAACGAGUGUGCCAAGCUGAUCAUCCAGGCAGGGAUAAAAGACGUCAUCUACAUGUCGGACAAGUAUCACGACAGCGAGGAGGCGACGGCCGCCAGGCGCUUGUUCGAUUUAGCCGGGAUCGAAUACAGGAAAUUCACCCCCAAGUGCAACCAGAUCGUGAUUGACUUCGAUUCGAUUGGCAGGCGGGCCGGCCAGAAGCCGCAGAAGAUUGAAUAAUAAAUAUGAUUGAUUGAUUGAUUGU